AUGCGGAUCAAAGAAUCCGAAUCCUCAGGCGUACAUCUAAGGCCAUCUCGCUCAGUCCGCCGCAAGGCACCUCCUCCAAGUCGCAAAACACCACCUCCACCCACAACAGCCAGAGCGCGAUACGACUUCACACCUGGCGCAGAACACAAGGAAGAGCUGGAGUUCAAGGAAGGAGAUAUAUUCGAGAUUGUGGAGACUUCGCAUAUGCUAGAAGAGGAGGGAUGGUGCCGAGCGCGUCUGAAAGGGCAGCAGAGGGUUGGUUUGGCGCCAUUGGAAUAUCUCGAGCUUGAGACAAAACCAAUCGUCCGGGCUUUGUCGAGAAAGAAGUCGCCAGCCAAGCUGUCGCCUGUUCUCAAUCCACAUGAGUCACAUGCGCACCCGCCUCGCCCUCCCAGCACCGCACCAAGCACAGCCAUUGAGGCGGCGACAGUCUUCCAAGCAUCAAGACCCUCGCCAACGCCAGAAUCGCAUACCCAGCAUUUACAGAGUACUCUCCUCAAUCGUUACUCCAUUUAUAUUCCACCAUGCUACAUGCUCAUCUUCCUCGGAAUCUUCUCAAUCGUUGCAAGUCUUGCCGCAGCGCUGUGGCGGUCCAACGUUCGCAAUGAUAUCCAAGGCGGCUUUUCAGUAGCGCAGUACAUCCUUGCUGUCGGCAUAUUCGUUGUAGGAAGCAUGAUAGCGAUCCAUAGCCGCGCAUGUGUGUGUUGGCAAAGCAGUGGAUGA